GCAGGCAGCACCCCCCUGGGCUGCUACCGCAAGCUGGCGGAGUACUGCCGGAACGGGGACCUGUCCUUCCAGUACGUGAAAACCUUCAACAUGGACGAGUACGUGGGUCUCCCAAGGGAUCACCCAGAAAGUUACCAUUCCUUCAUGUGGAAUAACUUCUUUAAGCAUAUUGACAUCUCGGCAGAAAACGUUCACAUCUUGGAUGGCAACGCACCUGAUCUACAGGCAGAGUGUGAUGCAUUUGAGGAAAAAAUCAAAGCAGCUGGAGGGAUUGAACUCUUUGUUGGAGGUAUUGGCCCGGAUGGUCACAUUGCCUUCAACGAGCCUGGAUCGAGUCUGGUAUCCAGGACACGAGUGAAGACCUUGGCUAUGGACACUAUACUGGCUAACGCCAGGUUCUUUGAUGGUGACCUCUCCAAAGUCCCCACAAUGGCUUUGACAGUCGGAGUGGGCACUGUCAUGGAUGCCAGAGAGGUGAUGAUCCUCAUCACAGGAGCCCACAAAGCCUUUGCUUUGUACAAAGCCAUUGAGGAGGGUGUCAACCACAUGUGGACAGUGUCUGCCUUCCAGCAACACCCCAACACCGUGUUCGUUUGCGAUGAGGACGCCACGCUGGAGCUCAAAGUGAAGACAGUGAAAUACUUUAAAGGUUUAAUGCUGGUUCACAACAAGCUUGUGGAACCCUUGUACAGCAUGAAGGAGACAGGAGCAGGAGGAAGCCAGUCGAAGAAACCCUACAGCGACUAGUCCUGCUGCUCAGAGGAGCUGAACCAGCUUUUCUGUUGGAAACCAGCUGUGAAACAAGGGAAUUGAUGCAGAAAUUCAUCUCACAAUUGUUCUUAAAUUAGCAAA